AGGGCCUACACUGAGAUUAUUCACAACGUCGACGUCCAACCGAGGGUCUGACGGUUUGAGAUCUUCAGUGGCAAUGGGGGGCAACUGGAACGCGGCUGGACCCGUCGUGCUGGGCCGGUGCCUCUGCCCAGUUUCCCAGGCCAGGGCCAGCGCCUGCAGCACUUGGGCUCUUCUUUAAGUCUUCAAAUUGAAGAGUUACCAAAAAAAACAGGUGCCUUCCACAAACAACCCACGUUUUAAUGAACCGCUACGUAAAAUCCAUUUUUUACGAAGUUCGAAGAGCCCCGUUUUACAAAACUAACUCAAGUUCAUGUUUGUGUUUUCAGAGGAAGAAGGAUGUCACAGAAACAGCUGAAAGAAGCCUUUAUCAGCAACUUAAAUGGAACCAGUCUGCUGGAAAUUACCAUGGGCCUGUCUCUAGCUCCGCUCUGCCUGCUCUGCAGAGGACUCCUCCUGAUUUUGUAUUACCUGCACUACGGGAAACCUUUAAGUUCAAGGAGAUACGGCCUGCUGCUAGACUUCCUUGUGCUCGUAUCGCCUCUCCUGUUCUCCUGCACAGUCCUGUCUCCAAUCAUCUUUUUCAUGCCGGCUAUCAUCGCAGCCUUUUGUGCUGGAAUAUUUUUAAAAAUAUACAGCCAAAGAAAACACGAGACCAGAGUGCCUUUCAGGCAAAUUGUGAAAGAUUUCCAGAAGACAUAUUUGGAUCCAGGAUACAUUCCAGCAAUAACUGUGUUCCGUGUUUAUGUCAACGUGCUGACAUCAAUCAGCAUUUUAGCGGUGGAUUUCCCGCAGUACCCAAGGCGAUUCGCCAAAGCCGAGACCUAUGGAACGGGAGUUAUGGAUUUUGGGGUUGGAGCUUUUAUUUUUGGUAAUGCUCUCGUUUGUCCUGAAGUCAGACAAAAGUCUCCUGUGACACAACCAAAAUUUUCCAGUCUGGCCAGGCAGUUUGUUUCCGUUUGGCCGUUGAUUUUUCUUGGCGUUGGGCGACUGCUUAGUGUAAAAUCUAUAGAGUAUCAUGAACAUACUUCAGAGUAUGGAGUGCACUGGAAUUUUUUCUUUACCUUAGCAUUUGUGAGGCUUGCAGCUUCUCUACUUUUAGUUGUUUUUCCGAGAAAUACUUCUUGGAUUGUUGCUAUAAAUCUCGCUGUACUUUACCAGCUUGUGCUUAACACUACCUCUCUGAAGAUGUUUAUCUUGCACGGGAGCAACGGCAGAGAUACUAGGGAUGGCUUUUUAAACGCCAACAGGGAAGGGCUGCUCUCUCUUUUUGGCUACCUAGCCAUAUACAUGGCGAGCGUCCAAGUGGGACUGUGCCUGCUGCAGUUCAGAAACUCAGUCAAGGGCUGGCUCGAAGCGGUGUGCUUCUUGCUGCUGACCGUCCUCCUGCUCUUCGUGUUCCUUCACGUGUCGCAAGCACACGCGGACCCCGUGUCCCGCCGGAUGGCCAAUCUCUCCUACUGCAUCUGGGUGCUCGCUCACUCUCUGACUUUCUUUAUCGGCUUCGUAGUGACUGAUCUCGCGUUGGUGUUCACGAAGCUGCUUGUGAAGGGCUCCAGCGUGCCCUGCUGCUGGGACGCUGCGAAGCUCCCAAACACGGGUACAAAGCCUGAAAUGGAGGGCGUGCCUGUGGGCAGGGGAGGCAAGCUGCCGCCCGUGUGCCUGAUUAGUGCUAUUAAUAAAAAUCAAUUACUGUUUUUCUUGCUAGCAAAUGUUAUGACUGGUGCUGUGAAUAUACUGGUAGAUACAAUCCACAGCAAGGCUGCAUUUACCUUAUGUAUACUACACUUGUAUAUGUUCUUUAACUGUUUCGCUAUGUAUAUACUGCAUGCCAAAAACAUAGCAUUAAAGUUUUGGUGAUUCCACUGUCUUGAGCACUCUAGUUAAACUUUGUUUGCUGUAGCUGAAUGAUGGUAUUUUAAUGGAAAAAAUUAGUAUUUUUCCCAUAUGUUUUGCAAUAAUUUAGUAUAGCUCUUUAUGAUUUAGAUUUUUAUUUUUUAGGAUUUAUUUUUAUUUUUUAGCGGUUUGUUUUACCAAAUUAUACAGCCAAUGCUGUUACCUGUUACACAUUUUCCUGGAAACUUAGUUUUUAGGAUUAAAUGCUCUGCUGAAUGCUCCUGCUGCUCCUAUAAAUGCUCAUGCAGCAGAGUAACACUGCAUUUACAGUUAGGGAAUCCUGUUCAUAUCCAAGUGCUGGUAGAGUUAGAUAACAACAUAUAGAGUAGAAGCCAGAUGAAAAGUAAGAAAAUGAAUAAUUAUGAAGAGAGAGACUUAGUUGUGUCAAGAUUUACCUAGUUAGGCCCUUGCAUAAAUAACAGAUAAGAAUAAUUCUUUAUACCAAAUGCAUUGAAUAAGUGGAUACUUAAAAACGUUUUGGCCCCAGUCCUGCAAAGAUUUAUGCAUAUGCUUGACUUUGAUGGCAGUAAUUGUACGUGGAAUGUUAAUCAUAUACCGAAAUCUAAAUUAGCCUUUGAAUUAAAGCUAAAUUUUAUUUUCAUCCUCACUGAUGAAUAUAAAUGAAGACCCUAGAUAAAGCGUGAUGCUCUGAAGGAUAAAAAACUGCAGAUGAAUUCAUAAAGCAGUCGUUGGAAUUUGUGGUGCAGAUCAUAAGAGCAGCACAGCCUUGUAUAAGAAAAUACAAAGAUCUAAAAAAACUAAUUCACCCCCAGCCUGCAUACCAACUUGUUGUGACAGCUCAUCUUUAGGAACACUGUAAAAUAUGGUCUUCAGCUCUCCUUUGAAAGUACUCAAGGCCCACUUACUUGCCUGUAAAAUUACCUUAAACAGCAGCUCAUUUAGUACUGUGUUUUGGCAGCUGAGAUGUCUUCAAGUGGGAACGUUCUGUAUUAAUUUUUAUUAGUAAACAGUGUGCAAAUGGAAAGAAGCGUGACGCAGUGGGUCGGGGUACCGGCAGAGCACUGACAAGAGAUGUGCUCAGUUUCUCUACCACCCUCUAGAACACCCUCUUUGUUCACUUUCCUAACUGUGACAGUUCUUCCUGACCUCAUUAAGUUGUUGAGAAACAGAUUUAAAGAUUGUGAGGAAUUCAAUAAUGGGAGCUAUAAAUACUUAAGAAGAAGAAUACAAAUGGUAGUUGAUGAUAGAUGUCUAAUGUCAGUGGAGUUACAGCAGUGCACAUGGGCCAUAUUUCAUACUUCUCCUUGUCUAUCAAAUGUGAUGACUCAUAAAACCUAUGGAGAUUGAGCCUCUAAAUCUGAUUCCUUAAGGCAGACAUGCUGUGGAAUCUUCUUAACUUUAUGAGGUUCUCUUAGCCACUAGCCAAUGGAAAGGGGAAGUCUGAGGAUUAGAGGCUGUGGCCGUGCUGAUUUCAUGCUUGUUUACUUCCAAGUUGUAGCCAUACGGUCCUCAGAAUUAAAGAAAACCAGCCUGUAUUAUCCUGGGGACAAAUGCAAUUAAUUGGCAACAAUGUCUGAUGAACAGUUGUCAAAGUCUAUAGCAGAGCUUCCUGGUUCCUGCCGUAUGUAUUUAUUUUAAACCCUUUCCUACCCUUGCCUAGGGAAGAAGGGCCUCCAUCAUGAACUGAACGGCGGCUACUCACUCAUGCAAAAUUACUCAUGGAUAUUAAUUUUUUGAAAUAUCUGAAGCGCAAGACCCGCAGCGAGUUCUGUGAGCACAAGUCUAUCAGUGUGAUUCAGAAUUCAGGCAUCAAUUGGGUGUGACAAAGCGGAGCUGUGUCUGGACAAGCAGCAAACUAUCUAGAUGCCAACUCCGUUUCGGUGAAGCAAAAAUUACGUGGGAGGUCUGCUGUGUUUGUGCAGAGCUCCGGUUGCUCCGCAGGCUGGCGGGGACCAACCCCGGGGCUGGAGCUGUGGGUUGCAGCCCCGGAGCUGGCAAACCGAGGGGACCGCGGUGGUGCACGAGCGACGAGGAACGGCGCUGCACCGCAUCGCCAGGCCGUCUCCCGCUUUCAGAGCCCCAUGAAGUAAGUUGUUCACCACUGAAUUAAUGAGAGAUAAUUAAUCCUCGUUGCUUAUUGUCGAUAACAAAUGUGGCAAGCUCUGCCCUGAAGCAACCAGCAUAGUUACUAAUGCUGAACGUUUAGACUAUGAAUAGAUACAGAUAAUUAACCAUGCCUCUGAAAGAACCAAGAAAUGCAAGUGUUCUUUGAUCACGGAUUCCGUACGAGCAAACGGCACCACAGCGAGUUUGAAAAGAUACAACACUGCUGUGGACACUUUCUCCAGGCACACCGCAACGGCUGUGAGUUCAGUGGUUGGUAGGAACACGAACGCUACAUUUCACCUCUCUGGGGUGUGUUUAUCUUGUAUAGAUCAAAGAUAUAUUUUU